AUGAGAGUUCACACUGUUGCACGGAAUGCUUUUAAAGCCCAGAGACGGGCCUUUUCGGCUUCGUCACGACGGUUGGAGAGAUAUGGUUUCGUUGGGUUGGGGCAAAUGGGGUAUCAAAUGGCCAAGAAUCUACAGGCGAAACUCUCGCCGAGUGAUUCAGUCAGGUUGUUCGAUAUCAACGGCGAUGCGGUGAAACGCCUAGCUGAAGAGAUGCGGACGUCUCAGACUGAUGGCGCUGUGGUUGAACUUGCGCAUGAUGUAAAUGAUGUUGCAAAGGAAUCGGAUAUAGUAAUUACGGUGUUACCUGAGCCGACACAUGUAAAGGGCGUGUAUCGAGAGAUAUUAUCCCCGGAUUUACCAACGAAGGACAGGAUAUAUAUCGAUUGCUCAACUAUUGAUCCUUCGUCUUCUCGAGAGGUUGCAAGUUGGGUUACUAAUGCAAACCAAGGCCAAUUCGUUGAUGCUCCCAUGUCGGGUGGUGUAGUAGGCGCUGCUGCAGGCACUCUAACUUUCAUGUUGGGUGCCCCGGAUGCUCUAGUACCAAAGCUAGAACCGAUAUUACUACGGAUGGGAAAACGAGUAUUGCACUGUGGCGUGCAAGGCAAUGGACUUAGCGCCAAAUUAGCCAAUAAUUAUUUGCUUGCCAUCAACAAUAUCGCAACAGCAGAAGCGAUGAACCUAGGCAUCAGAUGGGGUCUCGAUCCUAAGACAUUAGCUAAUAUCAUCAAUGUUAGCACUGGCAAAUGCUGGCCAAGCGAAGUCAAUAAUCCGGUAAAAGGAGUUGUUGAAGGCGCACCAGCUAGCCGUGACUAUUCUGGCGGGUUUGGCAUUAGUCUAAUGAAGAAGGAUCUGAAGCUUGCCAUUGUAGCUGCAAACGAAGCCAACGCAAAGUUAGAACUUGGCGAUCGGGCGAGACAAGUCUACGAAGAGGCUGAGCAAGUAGAAACGUGUAAAGGCAGAGACUUCUCCGUCAUAUAUAGAUUCUUAGGCGGCAAGGAAUAA